GAAUGGUGGCCGAUUGUUUUCCUACCAACCAGCAGUUGAGUUCGUGUGUAUUAUAGUGUGGGAUUUUGGGGACGUUUAACUGCGGAACGUGUGCCGUGCGUGAGAAGCGCAAAGGUGUGCCUCCGCCGUGGUGCGUACGCCAAGUCACCGAUAGGGCGUGUGAGGUGCGAUAGUUGCGUUCCGAGCUCGGAGACCAACACCAACGGAGUGUCGCGCGGAGACGAAACACAAACGACGCGCGCGGUGGUUGUUGCUACCGAAAAACCAAUAGAAUAUUUCUAAAUCGGCGACAUUGCCACGAUGAAGCGACGAUCGCUGUCCGGAAACUGUGGCGUCGGAGUGUUCGUGAUCGCGCUCGUGACGGUGCUGGUCGCGUUUGCAACGCCGAGCUGGCUGGUGAGCGAUUACCGGAUCACCGGGGCCAAGCUGGAUCGGCUGGGCCUGUGGACACACUGCUUCCGGUCGCUGCCCGAUGUCAACGAUGACUACCAGCGCCGGUUCUUCGUCGGAUGCCGCUGGGUGUACGAUCCGUUCACGACCGGUUACGACGAGAUCCGAGGAUUUCUCAUCCCGCCGUUCAUGGUGGCGACACAGUUCUUCUACACCCUCUGUGCCAUAGCCGUCAUCCUGGCGAUGGUCUUGGUGCUGCUUUACUUCCUUUGCGCCGGUCCGGAUCAAAAGUUCUUCGUCAAACUCAUCAAAGCAAUCAGCUACAUCACGUUGGCGGCCGCGGUAUGCGGCAGCAUCGGAGUCGUCGUGUUCGCCUGCUUCGGUAACAAGGACAAAUGGAUGCCGGAGCAUGCGAACAAUUGGUUCGGCUGGUCGUUUAUUCUCGCCUGCAUCGGGGUCGUGGCGUGCGGCGUAACGUCUUCCCUCUUCUUCGCCGAAGCGCACGUGCAGGGUCGCAAACGGAGACAGCUCAAGGAGUCGCAGACGCAGUUCCAGAUGGACAGCGAAUCGAAAGCCUAAGUUGCUACCCUAGCAAUUUUGUACGAUCGCACAUUUUGUACGUCAUUCCAAGCACAACAUCGAACGAUCGAGAGAAAAAAACACAUGCAACUGAUUAGUUGGACGUGCUACGCAGGACACUUCAUUCGUCUCCCAUCCCAUCGAACCGCACCACCACAUAAACGAGUACGUCCAGUGGAAGAAGUACAAUAGUUAACAACGGGAUGAGUGGAUUUUAAUUUUGUUGCUGGCGCCUGCUCAGCGCCUUCGACGAGUAAAACGCAGUAAGGGAUGUAAUGAUUGUCAUUUCUAGAAGAUUAGUUUACGUUUUAAGCAAUCUCAAUCAAAGUAGGGACCGUCCAUUGCGUCUUCGCAUAGUUUUAAGCAGAAUUGUCUCAUUACAGAUACGUUACAAAACUCUAUCGGAAUUCUAUCCGUCCAUUUUAGUGUUACUAUAACAACUUUUUAACGAAUAUUUUACUAGCCAGAACGUUAGGAGGGAACGUUUUUUUAAUGCAAAAUUGGCCUUAACAUUCCAGACAAAAAGUGUUACAUGUCAUUUUUCUUUCUGCUCUUUCAUAUCAACUGAUGGAAG